GCGGUGGUGCUUGUAGCUGCUCGGUUGCUAUAGCAACAGACUGUUGCCGUGUAACGCUGUGACAACCGAAGUUAGCUCACGCUAAGUGUUUACGAAGGACUUGUGAUUAAAAAGAAGACGCGACGUUUGACAUAAUGGAGGCCUCAACACAGAGCAGAGUUGGCGGUGGACUGUGGAACAACCCCAGAGCCACACAGUACAGCAAGGAGACCCAGGACAUGCUGAGAUUAAUGAUGCAGGAAUCAAGGCUCACCAACAUCCAGAGAAAACAGAUCAACGAAUGCCUCAAGAAUGGAGCACCUUUACCACUGACCUCUGACUCCACACCGUCAGCUUCCCCAUCUCAGCCUAAAGCCAGUAAAUCUGUCCAGAGACGUCUGCCAGGAAAGCCUCAGAAACGCAGCGCUGAAACUUGUCGUUCUGGGAACAACUACAUGAGAGAAAAAUUCCGUCCUGGUCCUAUAAGAGACUUGGAGAAAGAGAAGAGGAGGCUUCAAAAUAUUUUGGCAACAGGAAAAGACGAGCCCACACCGGCAUCAUCCAAAAAUGUUUCUACACGUCGGAAUCAAGAGGUAGAGGAGGACAAAGACCAGUUCCAGGAAGUUCUGGAAGAGAUAGAGGAGAGAAGACAGUUUCUGGAACAUAUGGCCUCUCUGGGCCAGGAGAAGCAGUACAUCGACAUCAUCAACACAGAGAUAUCACAGAAAAUCCGAGAACUGGAGGUGUUGGAAAAGAAACGCAGUGCCAACAAGGAUGCACUGACAUCACAGGAGGAAGCGCUGACUGCAGAACAGAAAACAUGAACUCGCUAAGAGACAGGAGGAGAGAAAACUCACUGCCAUGUAACCUCAUCUUUAGAUAAUACUAAGUUAUGUGUGGUAGUUAGAGCUGACCGCCUGCACUGUGAGGUCAGGCAGUGACAGCAUUAAAUUUACAAAAAA